UCCAUGUCGUCCCCAACAUCCUCCUAUGCCCCUUCCUCGUCGGCUGUGACGAUUCCGACCCCGGGAAGGUCUAUCCUAAAGCGCCCGCCACCACCGAACCAGUCAUUCUUUUCCCGCAUCUCAAAGUUUCUCCCCAAUCAAAAUCAGCCGCAGGCCAGCGCCGGCGACGAGAGCAGGGCAUUGCGUCGGGCGCACUUCAUCCUCCCCGAGCUAACUACCAUCUAUCCGAUCUCGGCUGCUAACCCUCCGUCGACGCCUCUGCUGAAGGAGGAGAAACGGUCGAUAGAACAGCGGGAGGCUGAGCGGCGAUGGCGGGUCGUGCGAGGGAGCCCGUCGGGAUCUGGGGGCGAGGCGGACGAGUGGUGGAGCCUGGAAAAGGUCGAGUCAUUCUACAGAGAGUGCUCGGCGAGUCGAGAGGACACCCCCAGCCCUGAGAUUUCAGCUGCAUUUAUGAAUGCUGCUGGCACAAAUCCCCGCGCGGUAGACUUCUCUGGCGUGCAGCUCACUCCGACAUCCGCUGCGACCCUCUCAGACGUAUUUAACAUCGAAUGGGGCCUUCGCACGUUGACUUUUCGCGAGUGCGACCUUGACGAUCGGACGUUGAAACCUAUUCUGCAUGCCCUCCUUAUCCCCGGCACCCUUACCUUUCUCUCUGUUGCAUCAAACAGACGACUGAAGGCUCCCGCAUUUCGUCUCAUAGGUGCAUUUGUCUCCAAGGCAAAAAGCCUACAAUUCCUGGAUCUGUCACAAAACUCUCUGGAUAAGAAAUCCGUCGAGAGUAUCGUUGCAGCUCUGCCACAAGGGCCGGAGCAGGGUAUAUCAUCUAUCAAAUUAGACGACUGCUCCUUGCGGCCAAACACCCUAGAAACUCUGGCACAAGCCGUUCGCACAUCCUCCUUGCGGAAUAUAUCCCUGCGACAUAACCGCAUCAACGCGACGGGCGCAGUUGCGAUUGCGCUCAUGAUCAGGGACUACCCGGAUACCGUUACUGGCUCAACACCCACAUCUUCCGCUCCAUCGACACCGCCCAUGUCUCCGCCACCCACGCAUGCGAUCCUUCCUCACACAUCCCCUGUCAACAUUGCCGCCGCCGCUGCCGUCUCUACUGUACGCUCGGGUCCGCUCCCGCCACCACCAAAACACCCCAGCACCAAUCCGCAAACAACCUAUACUCCAUACAUUCCUCGCUCGAAACGGGCGGUUCCAGCGACUAAUCCACUGUCACCAAGCGGACAGCACGUACCCAUCAUCACGUCGUCCGCACAGGGCGGUGUGACAACGCGCCAUCCGGCGCCUAGAAAUGCUCCUCUCAACGGCUCUGGGAAUAGUGGCUAUCACGAUCAUGGCCCGAGCGCAGCGCUGUUGGACAAAGUACGAGCGCUGGACGCUCUGCCGCGGAUCGGCGCGCUGAGGACCCUUGAUCUCAGGGGGAACGACAUUCGCGUGGGUGGUGGUAUCACGUACAUUGCCCAAGUGCUGAAACGUAACCGGACGCUCAAGGUCCUGAACUUGAGCGAGAACAAGCUGGACAUGCAGGGACUCGUCGCGAUCGCUGAGGCUUUGAAAUACAACUCGAGCCUGGAGACGCUGGACCUGAGCAAAAACCCUUGUUGUGGUCCCGGCCUGGAUGGGGUUCAAUCUCUGCGGACGGCGUUCACGUUAAACACCGCGUUAAAGCGUCUCUUCCUAUCGUCGACGUCGAUGACUUCCGCCGGGGCUAUCGCGCUGGCAGAAUUCCUGCCUGAAUCGAAUUCGCUGCUACACCUUGACCUCACAAUGAACAACCUCGACCUUGCGGGCGUCAUGGCCCUGAGCGAGGGGUUGAAGGGCAAUCAUGUCAUGCGUUGUCUAGAUCUCAAUAUACCCCCAGACGAUGAACAAAUGGCUCGAAUGUGUCGCAAUAUCCUCAAUACGUGUAUUCGGAACACAGAAGAAGCCGAGCGUAAUUCGCCGACGCCGCCCGCAAGCGGUCUCAGUGGGCGAGGGCAGGGCAAGGGUGUCUGGGGCAUGAUCGAAGAAAGCAAACUGGCCAAGAUGAUCCGCCAGGAUGACGAGAAGAAGGUCGAUGGGAGCGAGAUGGCCAUGCAAGCGCGCGCGUGUAAGGAGCAGCUCGAGGAGCUCGUCGCCCGUGCAGAGCUAUCCUCGCCGCGCGAACCGCUGGGCCAAGUUGAUCUGGAGCUCAUUUCCAAGGCUAAAGCCCUCUUGUCGUCUCUUGCAGGGACGAUCCGGACGGUAUCUGAACCAGCACGCCUUGAGGAUCUGCUCACUCUCAAUGACUCCCUGACAUCUCUGGUUGCACACGCGAGUCCACGUCCAAAGGUCACGCUGACAGGAUUGGGCAUUGACCUGCAUGACGUAAAAGGAAAGGCUAGCCCAGAUACAAUUCCUAAUGGCGGGGGGAGCGAUUUGAAUGGGUCAGCCAAUGGGCAUAUAGUAAUUGCGGAUAAGGAAGACGAUGAGCAUGAGACCAAGGCGGAAGAAGACGUCCCAGCCACUCCCAAGGUGGAUAAGGGCAAGGGCAGAGCGAUUCCGGAGCCAGAAGAGCCGGAGAAAGUUCUCAGUCCUAAUUUUGUCCUUGAAUCGGAUGAUGAGGACGGCCAUAUCCCCGAGACCGUAGAGGACGAGCGUUCGCCUACGAACAUGUCACGAAAUUGGGUCGCCGAGGAGGGAGAAGUGUUCCGUAGAGGGAAUAAGCUCUUGGGACCAGAGGAGAUGGAGGGUGAGUAUGCCGGAGAAGAACUACGGAUAGAGCUUCUCGAAGCCAUGGUGGAUCGUCCCCCGCCGCGAGCCAUUCUCGAUGACUUUGGCAUGGAGAUUGUUCCGAGUGAGCUUCCUACCUCACCCAAGGUCGAAGAUCCGAAGCCCCUCCCUCGACCUUACAUUUCCCGUCGGUCUUCUUCUGCCUCCGUCACCGGGCAGACGGGAGGUGUCACUUCUCCAGGCGCGACAGGUGACGGUGCUGCACAGAGCCCGAGCACUCUGCUCAGCCCCAUUACACCCCUCUCUCCGGGUUCCCGGUCAUAUAUGCCAAGAAGAAAGACGUCG